AGCCACAACCCCAAGUAAGCCACAUAUGAUGACAGCAUAACCACCAUGUCGACAACGCCUGUAGUUCCUGAGAAGAUAUAAACAGUAUGGCGCGGCUUUCCACCCCAGGAGCAAGGGCUCCCGAUCAUACAUCCUUAAACUUAACCCGUCUAAUAUCGCGGCUCCAAAAUACUCUACUGGAACCGGAUGCGGAAACGUCACGUCGUUUGCGAGCCUCGGGUUUUGAAAGGCGCAAGGUGGAAGCUAAUCUAGAAUAUGCUAAGACUUUGCUGUUGCGCCUGGGCCAGGAAAGCCCCAAUGUAAAACCACAAUCGAACAAGCUAGAUGCGCAGAGCGAUCUUGAUGCGAAAAAACACCAGUUGGAUGCACUUGAUGCAAGGCUACACGAACUGAACGCAGCUGGCCAAGAGUACGACGACAAUGCUUCCUCUGAGGGAGAAGACCUCCUGGGCGAGGACACCACCCCAUCCGAAUCCAUAGGCGACAGCCACACACCUGCCGCCGGCGAUACGACUGAUGACGACGAUGCCGAUUACCAACAGAUUCUCUCAGAGCGCAGAGCCGCUGCCCAAGCUUCCCAGACCGAAUCUCAACCGAAGAACGCCCGCGAUGAAUUAUUCCCCUCAUCUCUGCGCGCGCGGCAUGGGGAAGCCACUACUGGCAUCGAUACCGCCCAAGCCACCUCCUCCUCUACCUCCGCCCCAAUCACAGAAUCCCUCAUGAAGCACCACCGCGCUGAGCAGGAAGAGCUCACGACCUCCCUAUUAUCCAUGGCACAGGCGUUAAAGGCUUCGACACAAUCGUUUUCUCAAACCUUGGAAUCGGAGAAAGAGACGGUGGAUAGAGCAGGCGAGGGAUUGGACAGGAACGUGACUGGACUAGAAGCUGCGAGCAAGCGCAUGGGAUAUCUACGGCAGAUGAGCGAGGGGAAGGGGUGGUGGGGACGGAUGAUGCUUUACGCAUGGAUUUUUGGACUAAUGUUUGCGGCAUUCUUUAUAGUUGCAUUUAUGCCAAAACUAAGGUUUUAGAUACCCGAGUUGCGGUUAUGCCCGUGUCAAUGAUGUUUAGGCGUUCAGGGGCUAGAAAUGGUAGGGGAUGGAGGUUAUGUACGGGAGAUGGGCUUCCUCAUUUGUAGCUGUGCAGUCCGCAACUGUAUAACAUUAUUUUGGGCAAAGAAAUGAAUUGGCAAUCAACACAACGAGUAGUGACGACCCCUGCUGAUGCCUAUUAUUAUGGAUAUAUGGAUUGAAAGCAGGAUCUUGUCUCAAAAAAUUGCUGAAUAAUCACGUUUCUUGAUGUAACUUAGUGUCCUGCAAACACAACG